AUGAACAUGAACGAGGAAGUCAUGGGCGGCGCGGAGGCAGUUAUGCAGAACGGGACUUGGAAGUUCGCCAUCAAUUACCUCUCCGAGAUCGACGAUGGCUCCAGUACAAGUGAAGCCGUUUGUAAUGGCAUAUGGACUGAAAUUCUUCGGAGGCACUUCCCCUAUCCAGACUUUAUCAUCGCCCCGGAACAAAGACAGACCACAGGCGUGCGCCCCGAUCUUACAAUAUUUGCAGUCUUUGGGAAAGAGAAAUUAGCCGAAUGGGAGCCCAUCUUCACUUUCGAAGGCAAAGCUCCUAAAUAUGAGAAAUCCAUGGUCGCGGAUGGGAAGGCCCAAGCCGCAAAUUACCUCCCAGACCUAGCAUGGUCUAAGGAAAGGAAAAAUAUGAAGUAUGGAAUGCUUGCGUGCGGCAAGAGCUUCAUGAUCCUGAAAUAUGACGCCAAUAAGAAAGAGCUAUACCGAAUCGAUCCCAGCAAUCAAGAAGACAGUAUGAUGUUCGAGGCUUCGUCUCUCACUGAUAAAGCAGCUGGUUUUGAUAAGUUCUGUAGAGACUUUGUGACUUUAUUUUACUGA